GAUGAAUUCGGGGAUGAAUAGACCAAAUCACGACAAUUGUUGUACUAGAGGUUCGUCAGACCACGCUCAGAGGGUCACGACAGAAGCUAGCCUCGUGAGAAUAUUUUGA